AUGAUGAACCAUCAUAUGCCCGCAAUGCCCCAUGGGCAGCCACCCAUGCCUACUCCUCGUCGACAGCAAGAUGUUCCUUACACUGCAGCUCCUCCCAACAUGCGAUCCCCUCCUGCCUACAUGGGGUACCAUCCCCAUAUGAACGGCCACCCUCCCCCGGCCGCAUACUCGCCCCAGCAAUACCCUCAAUGGUACCCACCUUAUCCUGCCAUGCAGCUCCCUCCACGCCCAUACCAACACCCUUACGGACCGAUGUAUGUUUCUGCCUAUCCGCCCUCUCAGCCCAUAAUGGCGCCGGCCCAUAUUCCUCCCGUGUCUCUUCCCAUGCAGCCGAGGACCUCCACUCCUUUACAAAGCACCAUGUCUCCGCCUGUCGGACUUCCACCUUUGCCCAUUACGACUCAGGCACAGUCUCCCGCCACUGUUCCUGUGCACCCAGCGCCGAGCUCCGUUGUGUCAUCGUCCCCCGCUCCUGCUCCUGCAAAGGUUUCUCCCGAGCCUAGGGAGCCUUUCCGCCCACCGGUAAGUGGUGUAGACUGGCACGCACUCAGUACUUCGCCUAACAUAAAUCACCAGCUACCUUGGCUUUCCGUUCCCGACCACCCUUUCCCUGCUCGGAUCCCGGGAAGACGUAGGAAAAGCCGUCUUCUCCCUACGUCAUCUGUGUCCGUCGAGCUUCCUACCAAGGACCCGCACCGGGCUGACCAGCCUGAGAGACAAACCGAAGUUCAAAGACUGGAGCCGGAACAGUCGCCAUCGGAACCCCAAACACCAACCUUGUCCGCCGCGCCAUCAGUUGCGAAUUCGACACAACCCACAACUCCAUCUUCAGUUGCGCAGAACCUCCCUCUGCGUCCUCAGUCGCAGUCCAAGGGAGCCAAACCGACGAUCCCAGUAGUCCCCGUGGUCCCAGUCGUUCCGGCGCCUAGUACUCCUCGUCAGGCUACCAAGGAUGAGUCGACUCGCUCGUCGGAAACCCCCAAGUCGGUCAGUGGCACAGCUCAGGAGAAGACAAAUGAGGACACUCAGGAGUUGUCCCAGAAUAAGACGGAGGAACCUGUUAAGCAGGCCUCGCCUGCCCCUGCAGCGCCAAAGUCGUGGGCGGAUUUGGUCCGGUCAAAAGCACUCGCUAAAGGAGCGAGUGCUCCCAACGCGUCGCCUGCUGUGUCAAAUGGCGUUAUCAAGCCCAAGAGCGAGUCUCUGGCCGAUGUCUUGACGACACUAGGAGACGAUGUGUCACAGUAUAGCGAUAAAGUUGCCUUUCUCCAACCCAGAGGACUCGUGAAUACCGGCAACAUGUGCUACAUGAAUUCUGUGCUUCAAAUCUUGGUUUCCUGCGUGCCGUUCUACCAAUUUCUGGAUCAUAUUGGACGGAGGGCGUCCCACAGUUUCAACAGCGACUUUCCGAUGAUCGACGCAUUGAUCAUGUUCAUGAGAGAGUUCCGCAUCAUUGAUGCUGCACACACUGAGGAACAGCUGAAGCUCAGGCUGAAACCAAACGAGCUCGAGGAUUACGGCGAAGCCUUUGUUCCGGAAUUUGUUUACGAGGUUAUCAGGCAAUUGCCACGCUUUAGGGACAUGCGGAGAGGCCAUCAGCAAGAUGCUCAAGAGUUCUUGGGCUUCCUUUUGGAAGAAAUGCACGAAGAGUGCAAUCGUGCCGCCAAAGAUGCCCCUGCAACUACCUCGGCCUCUGCGAACCCCGAGGCAGAGGUUGCAAAUGAAGAGUCCGGCGAUGGCUGGUUGGAGGUCGGUCACAAGCAGAAGGCUGCUGUUACGCGCUCAUCUGGCCAUAUUGCUUUGGAAUCGCCCAUUACGAAGAUCUUCGGUGGAAAGAUCCGGUCAGAGUUCAGGGUGCCUGGUAACAAGACUUCUGUGACCCUCGAGCCCUACCAGCCACUUCAGCUUGACAUUGGAGCUCCUGAGAUCAACAAUAUUGUUGAUGCUCUCAAAGGACUCACUAAGCCGGAAAGCAUUCAAGGGGACUUCAAUUCUUCCCGCGGUCCCAAUGUUACAGCGACCAAACAGAUCUUCAUUGAAACUAUGCCGCCAGUUCUUAUCCUUCACCUGAAACGGUUCCAGUACGACAGUGUGACCAGAGGCACCCAGAAGAUCUGGAAAAAGGUUGGAUACCCGCUCGACCUGGAGAUUCCUCGCGAGGUCUUCCCGCCCAACAAGCGCAAUAUCAUGAUGGCGCAGGGUGGCCUGCCUAAGUAUCGCCUCGUCGGCGUCAUCUACCAUCACGGCAAGAACGCUAGUGGCGGCCACUACACCGUCGACGUCCGUCGUCAAGACGGACGUGAAUGGAUCCGUUUGGACGACACUCUUAUUCGUCGGGUUCGGAGUGAGGAUGUUGCGCAGGCUGGGGGCGAGGAAGACCCCAAGGUUCUUGCGGCGGCGCUCGAGCAACACAAGCGUGACGGACCGAAUGCCAACAUCUUUGAUCAUAUUGACCAAGACGACUUGGAGCAGUCUGAUAACGAAAGAGGCUGGAGCCAGGUCAACGGCGCCAGCGGCCAUUCAAGCAAGAAGUCAACCUCAGGUGCAGCUUCAGCACCGUCUUCCGGUGUCCGCACUCCUCUUGGACGGUAUGGAUCCCGAGAUAACAAGGUGGCUUACCUGCUAUUCUACCAACGCAUCGAUUGA